AUGUUUCGCUUUUUCUGUCUUGUGUUAAUUGUGACUGAAGUACUUACUUCACAAUAUACUUUGUUGGAUCAGGAUUACCAUGACUUAGACCAAGCUCCUCAAAUCUACAAGCAAUUCCUUCAAAAAUAUAACAAGGAAUCUAGCUCGACUCGUUAUGAAAUAUUCAAAGAAAAUUUAAGAAAAAUUAACGAAUAUAAUGAAAAGAGCAGUCAAAACUCAUAUGGCAUCAAUCAUUUCACAGAUUUGACCUUUGAAGAGAUUUCGGAGUGCUAUUUGGGAUUUAAUGGUAACUUUACAUCGGACAAUGUUAUCGAGUAUAAGCCCAGUGGGAUUCAGCUUCCAACAGAAAUAGAUUGGCGUAAUCAGGGCUAUGUGACUGAAGUCAAGCAUCAGUUGCAGUGUGGGUCAUGUUUUGCCUUCAGCGCCGUAGGAAGUAUCGAAGGACAAUAUGCUAAAGCACACGGCACCACAGCAUUUAGCCUUUCAAAUCAGCAAGCAUUUGAUUGCAGCUCAGCUCAAAAUUGUAAAACGGGAGGUAUACCACAUGAAGUUUUUCAAAAUUUAGCCGGACAGGGUGGAUCAAUGAGAGAAGCAGACUAUCCCUAUGAGGGCAGAAAAAAUCAAUGCAGAACUGACAAAAGUAAAAUUGCCGUAACAGUCACUGGAGGGAGUCAACUUCAAGUUAAUGAUGAAUAUAGCUUGCAAGAUGCAUUGGCUAAUUACGGACCACUAUCUAUUAGUAUUUGCGUUAACGACGAAGUUACAAAAAGGAGAGGAAGUAGAAUUUUUACCCCUACAACAUCUUGCCCCCACAAUAACCACGCUGUUCUGCUUGUUGGUUAUGGAAAAGAAGGUGAAUCUGAUUUCUGGAUAAUUAAGAACUCUUGGGGCCUUAAUUGGGCUGAACAAGGGUACGUUCGUCUCAUAAGAGGACAACGAGCAUUAAAUAUUGGGUUGUAUGCUGCCCUUCCAACAGUUGCAUAAGAAAAUAUGUAUUCACUCCUAUAUUUAUUUGGAAAUUGAAAUAAAAAGUCGUAAAUAUCA